ACCCAUUGGAACGACAGAAGAUGGAGUUCCUAUUCGAAUGGGGUAUCGAUUUAACGACAACGCCAAAAACAAUGCCAACUACACCAAUACCAUUAACAAAAGCUAAAAAUCCACCGCCACUGCCACUCAACAUUAAAUCCAUCAGCAAUCCAUCAGCAUCCGCACCCGCAUCAGCCACACAACAACAUCAACACCAACACCAACACCAACAUCAGCAUCAGCAUCAGCAUCAUUCAGCAUCAACACACGCGUCUGCGACGCCACCUCAUCAACAGCACCAUCAGCAGCAACAACAACAGCACGGUGCAGCUGCAACAGCUACAACACCAACAACAGCAACACGCACACACACACAACAAACAGCGCAGCAGACAACACAUGCGACGAGCGCGAAAUACACCAAGAGUCCAACACAGCAACAACAGCACCAGCGUACAACACCGACAACGACGCCAACGAAAAGUACACAACAGGUGCAGCAACAGCAACAACAACACCAACAAACACAACCACAACAACAAAGACUGACACCAGCCGAACGUGCGAGAGCUGGAGGUGCACCGCGGCCAACAACAACAACAACGCCGACAACGGCGUCAGCGCCGACGUCGAGAGAGCACACGCCCACGCGUAGCGGCAGUGCGCACCAACAACAAAAGCACUACCAACAGCAGCAGCAACAACAACACCAGCAAUCAUCCCUACAACGUCACCCAUCGUCCACAAGUCAACAUAAAUCACAAGAAUAUCAUCAACACCAACACCACCACCACCAACAACAACAGCAACAACAUCAACACGAACAGAGACGCGAUCUCGAACGUAAGGACUCUCAGCGCGAACGAGAUCGGGCGAAGGAGCGCGACUACGAGCACCAGCGUGCACGUGAGGACCUGCGUGAGCGUGAUAAUGAACGUGGCCGUCGUGAUAUGGGCCACGAACGCGAACGCGAACGUGAGUAUGCGCACGAACGUGCGCAGGACUAUCAACGCGAUCGUGAGUACGCUCACAAAUAUGAGAGGGAACGUGAACGUGAUUAUGCGCCGCGAGAGCAUGCAUAUGAGCGAGAACGCGACUCUGAACGAGAACACCCACCGUCAUCAGCGCACACAACACAACAACAAACACAUUACAAUAAAACAAAUUAUAAUUCCGUUUACCAGUAAAAAAAAAA